GUCUUCCUUUAGGGAGCCCACGGUAGCCUCAGAGUCACUCACUGUCUGGCACCAGGAGGAGGUGACAGACCUCACUGCACUUUACAAAAGCAACAGACAAGAAGUUCUACAGGACAGAGAUACCCAGAGUCAAGAGUGGACCAUCAGGAUAAAAACUCAAGGACUUUGAAGAACCAUCUAACAUUGGUGCAAUUCUCAGGGCUGGGCGCAUCUCUUUGACGACCCUCUAGUAUUCCAGUCAACCUACCUGGGACAGAUAUUUUGGCCUUGAAAAGCCUAAUCCUUCUACACUUGGACACUACAUUAAAUGGAGGAUCCAAUGUCAGAAAUGUCCAUGAUAACAUUUGCAUCACCAACAGAGUCUUCCAGAAGCAACUCUACGGAUGACAGCCAAGAUGGUAAAAGCCCUGCUCCUGGCAAGGUCCUGAACUCGGGACUUCUCUGUAAAGUGUGUUCUGACACCAGCAGCGGGAAACACUACGGGAUAUAUGCUUGCAAUGGUUGCAGUGGCUUUUUCAAGCGCAGUGUGAGGCGCAGACUCAUCUACAGAUGUCAAGCUGGUACAGGCAUGUGUCCAGUGGAUAAAGCCCAUCGGAAUCAGUGCCAGGCCUGCCGCUUAAAGAAAUGCCUUCAAGCUGGCAUGAACAAGGAUGCUGUUCAGAAUGAGCGUCAGCCCCGCAGCACUGCUCAAGUCAGGUUAGAUGCUCUUGAUGUGGGCAAGGACAAGGAGCACCUCACCACCACCCUGGAGCCCACCUCCUCGUCCACCUGCACUGUGAUCAACCGUCCACUGCUGGGCUCCAACAUCAGCUCCAGCAUCAGCUCAACAGAUACUAGCCAGUGCUCCAACAGCCCCAAGAAUGGACAUCGCUUCAUGGCCAGCCUGAUGACAGCAGAGACCUGCGCCAAGCUGGAACCAGAGGACGUGGAUGAGAACAUUGAUGUGACCAGUAAUGAACCUGAAAGGAGUUCUCCGGAGUACGGCAGUGCUCUCUACCCCUCGCGUGGACCCGAGAGUGUAUAUGAGACCUCAGCCCGCCUACUCUUCAUGUCUGUUAAAUGGGCCAAGAACCUGCCGGUGUUUUCCCAUCUACCAUUCAGAGACCAGGUGAUUCUACUUGAGGAAGCAUGGAGUGAGCUGUUUCUUCUGUGUGCAAUUCAGUGGUGGCUACCUCUGGACAACUGCCCCCUGCUGUCCCUGCCGGACCUCUCACCCCCAGGCCAGGGCAAGGGAAGCCCUUCUGCCUCGGACGUGAGGGUCUUGCAAGAAGUGUUUAGCCGCUUCAAGCCCCUGCAGGUGGAUCCAACUGAGUUUGCAUGCUUGAAAGCCAUUGUUUUGUUUAAACCAGAAACACGGGGACUUAAAGACCCAGAACAGGUGGAGAACCUACAAGAUCAGUCCCAAGUGCUGCUAGCUCAACAUAUCCACACUCUUUACCCAAGUCAAGUCGCCAGGUUUGGCAGACUAUUGCUUCUCCUUCCAUCCCUUCACUUUGUGAGCUCAGAAAGAAUCGAGCAACUUUUCUUCCAGAGAACCAUCGGGAACACGCCCAUGGAGAAACUCUUGUGUGACAUGUUCAAAAACUGAGGAGCUUUUUUCUGAAAGACUGUUUUUAGAGGAGUAAACUCCUCAGGACUUUAGGUGCUUUGCUUUACUGCCAUGUUAGUUAUGAUGCCAAUGAAUCUGCCUGAAUGCUAAAAAAAAGUGCAAAUGUAUAUAGGCCACAAUAUUGUUUGCAUAGGUUGGUUAUUUUGCCUCAUUAUGUCAUACUUUAUGACUCUCUUUUUUUGUGUCACUGUAGUUUUUAUACCCAUAACCAGGGCUUAAAUUUGAGCAGGGCCGUCCGGGCUGACAUUAACGCUUCAUUAACGCCAGACAAGUAACAUGAUUAACAAUUAUUCUGAUUUUAUUACAUUUAAAGUAAGUGGCGACCAGUGGCUAUAGCUACUGUAUAUAAUGCAUCUAUUGACAGUAUAAGGUUGUGAGUGAGUCAAAGUUUAAUUAGCCCAUGCAUAAACAUCUGAUGAAUCUGCCGUUUGAACGAAUCGUUUGAAUGAACGACUCAAUGACUCACUCAAUAAACUCUCACUAAUGGCACCUACUGGCGUUUUAAUUUAAUUGAAAAGUAUAAUUUCCACCAUCAUUUCUUGUUUGUAUAUUCAAAAAUAUAUAAAACAUGCAGAUUAACAUGU